AUGGAAGCCCACUUGGAAGUUUCAACAUGCCAUCAAUGUGCCAGCGAGGGUCAUCGAUGUGUUUUCGACACACUCGAUCUGGCAGUCGAUAGGCGGAUCAAGGCUGUUUGUUUCCAAUUGAGGCACAGACAUUUUGGUGAGAGUUUCCGAUCCUCACCCGAGCUCAAUAUUGACUCACCAGUGUACUCGCGCCCAGACCUGAGAAGUCUACAGUCACCCGUGUUGAAAAAUGGAGUGAAUACCGUGGUGGUUGCCGCCGCAUCGACGUCGACGGGUUUUCCGGAUUUUCCCGUGACUGCCGAGACCAAAGCCGACAGUCUGGAAACGCAGUCAUCUGUCCACGACGGAGUUCAGAAUACCGUCCCUACGGAACCAGUGGAAAUCCUGGCACGGUCUGAACACCGAAAAUCCCAGUCCACCUGCAGCGAGAGUCGGUGCGUUGUCGACACGCUCAAUCUCGCAGUUGACCGCAGGAUCACGGGCGUCGGUCUUCCGUUGCGGCGAAGUCAAGAUGAUAGUUUCCGGUCCUCACCCGAGCUCACACUUGACUCGCCCAUGUACUCAAACCUGAGAAGUCUGCAGUCACCCGUGUUGAAAGAUGGAGUGAAUACUGUGGUGGUUGCCGCCGCAUCGACGUCGACGGGUUUUCCGGAUUUUCCCGUGACUGCAGAUACGAAAGCCGUCAGUCUGGAAACGCAGUCAUCUGUCUACGGCGCAGUUCAGAAUACCGUCUCUACGGCACCAGUGGAAAUCCUGGCACGGUCUGAACACCGAAAAUCCCAGUCCACCUGCAGCGAGAGUCGGUGCGUUGUCGACACGCUCAAUCUCGCAGUUGACCGCAGGAUCACGGGCGUCGGUCUUCCGUUGCGGCGAAGUCAUGGUGAUGGUUUCCGGUCCUCACCCGAGCUCAAACUUGAAUCGCCCGUGUACUCAGAGCUGGGAAGUCUGCAGGCACCCGUGUUGAACGACGGAGUGAAUACCGUCCAACCGGAACCAGCUGAAAUGCCCCAGAAACCGGCCAGGUCUGAACGUCGCAAGUCCGCGUUUACAAGAUCAAGACGGUUCAUCUGGAAGGGUCUGGUAAACGCGGCUCGCAGACUUUGUUGCUGCCGUACUUUUGUGGACAUGGAAUGA